AUGAUAACUCUAGUAUCAACGGCUCUCGCCCUCAGCCGCCGUCACAAGGGCUCCAUCACCCUGCUCGAGGCUGCUCCGGCCAUCCCCAACCCUUACGGCUCCUCCGUCGACUCCUCGCGCAUCCUCCGCGCAGACUACGCAAACCCAGCAUACGCCCGCCUCGCCCAGCAGGCCCUCGCCCAAUGGCGCUCUACUCCCUGGGGCCACGAUGGCAGAUACAACCGCAACGGCCUCGUCCUGGUCUCCUCCUCCUCCUCGUCGUCUUCUUCGGGUGACCACACGUACGUGCGCAAGAGCUACGAAAACGUCAAACGCCUGAACCCAGAUGCCGUCGAGCUGCUGCCCACCGCCGCUGACGUCCGCCGCGUCGUGCCUGGAUACGGCGUCGCUGCACACGUUAGUGGAGGCUACGUCAACUGGGACUCGGCCUGGAGUGACGCCGAGUCGGCUGUCCGGCAUGCAAAACACCUGCUCGACCAGACCGGCAGAGUCACCUUUCUCUCAGGCCAGGCCGAACGCCUGAUCAUCGACCACAAGAACAACAAGAACAACAACCAAGACCAAGACCAAGUAACCGGCGUCGAACUAUCAGAUGGCCACCGAAUAUCUGCAGAUCUGGUAGUGCUAGCUACCGGUGCAUGGACCGGGAAGCUAGUCGAUCUGCGCGGCAGGGCAGAAGCCACCGGUCACUCCCUCGCCUACCUCCCUCUCACAGACGACGAGCAGCGCCAGCUCAACGACAUGCCCACCGUCCUCAACCUGUCCACCGGCAUGUUCAUCAUCCCCCCGCGCAACAACGAGCUGAAGAUCGGACGGCAUGCGUACGGGUAUCGCAAUCCAGUGCAAAUCAACCACCCCACCGCCCCUUUGUCUUCUUCUUCUGCUGCUACUACUACUACUGCUGCCCCCAUAGAAGUAAGCCUGCCUCUGCAUGGGGCACCCGUUCCUCUCGAGGGCCAACUAGCUGCCCGCGCCGCGUUAAGGGAGAUGCUGCCUGCCCUGGCUGAUAGGCCCUUUUCCAAGACGCGCUUCAGGCCCAAGGGAGACUUUAUCAUCUCCUACCACCCGGAAAUUAAGUCCCUUUUCAUCGCGACAGGGGGCAGCGGCCAUGGAUACAAAUUCCUCCCUGUCCUCGGCGACAAGAUCGUGGAUGCCAUGCAGGGCAUCCUGGACUCCGACCUUGCUCGCUUGUGGGCUUGGACGGAUAAUCCGGUCACCACCCCUGCCGGUGGUCUCGGAGUGGUGUGGACUGAAGACGGCAGCCGGUCCGGCGCCAGGGGCAUGCUGUUGGUCGAUGAACUGGAGAAGAGCACCAGCAUCAGCACCAGCCCCAGCAACGGCCCCAGCAACAGUCCCAACGAUGGUGACGUGAAGGUGAUAAGCAGGUUGUAG